AGGCUCAAAUGAGUGCAUAUAUGAAUUCAAAAGUCUACUCAGAGUCAUCCCUUUGGGAUACCCCACAGACCUUGUAUUCUAAUUUCUACACUUUGCUGGUCUUCUCCUUUCAUUAUAUUAAGCAUUAGCGUUGAAGCUUCCUAAGUUUGGAGGAAAGUCAGUGGGAAGCUGCCUGCCUAAGCUUAGCUAGCUCACUUCAUAUUUUGGCUAUUUCUAUAUCUAUGCCACAAUUCUUUUAUCUCUAAUUCUGAUCUCAGUUUCAAAAAGUAUCCUACUUUUGUUUGCUUCUUUAUUCUCUCGGUUCCCAAAUGUCUUACAAUAGUAACCAGCACCUCGCUACGUCUGAGAGCGAUCUUGCCGAGCAGCCCGGGUUCGAGUUUCCGGACUGGAUGUUCGAUGGGUGGCUCAAUGAAAACUCUUCGUCUCUGGCUGAGUCGGUCAUGUACCCGGUUUAUAAAGCGGGCGAAGAAGUCGAUGAGAUUGUUGGGAUCAAUACCAUCCACCAAGGAGAGCCUAGCAGCAGAGACCGUGGGAGAGAGAGGGAAGUUAGAGAGAGAUUUGCAUUCAAGACAAAAUCAGAAAUUGAGAUUCUAGAUGAUGGGUUCAAGUGGAGGAAGUAUGGGAAGAAGAUGGUGAAGAACAGCCCAAAUCCGAGGAACUAUUACAAAUGCUCAAUCGAAGGCUGCCCGGUGAAGAAGAGAGUCGAGAGAGACCGAGAGGAUCCGAGAUAUGUGAUUACGACGUACGAGGGUGUUCAUACCCAUGAAAGUUCUUGAUUUGUUUAUUUUUACACCAAAUCUCUCCCAAUGUUAAAUAAGCCUACAUUUUUGGGUU